AACGCAACUGCGACGCCCGCUGCCGAGUACACUGCGACUGCUAUAGCUCGGUGGCGCGCGACAUAACCUACACAAGUCGCCAACUUAUUCCCUCCCGCUCUCUCCGCUUCACACGACCGGAACCACCGUUCAAACUUCGAGGAAUAUGUCCCAAGACGAACACCAGCUCGCGGCAGCUUCGCCCGACGCGCCCAAGCCGAAACGGCACCCCAUCCUCAUCAUCGUGAUGGGCGUCGCGGGCACCGGCAAAACGACGCUCGCGCGCGAACUGGAGCGGCGGCUCGACAUGGCGUACGUCGAGGGCGACGAGCUGCACCCGCCCGCGAACAUCGCGAAGAUGUCCGCCGGGAUCCCGCUCACGGACGCGGACCGCGAGCCGUGGCUGCAGCUCAUCCGCACCACCGCCGAGGGCCUCGCCGCGCAGCAGCAGGCGGACCCUGCGUUCGCGCGCCGCCCUGGCGCGCUCGUCACCUGCUCUGCGCUCCGCGCGUACUACCGCGACCUCCUCCGCGGGAAACCCGUGGUCAGAGCGCAGGGAGAGACGGGGAAGCAGACGGAGCUGCCGGAGCACCUCGCGCCGCCGGCGCCGCACAUGCUCCCGGCGUACUUUGUGUACAUCAAGGGGGAUAAGGAGUUGCUUCAGGCGAGGAUAUCGAAGCGCGAGGGACACUACAUGAAGCCCGGGAUGCUCGACAGCCAGUUGCAGACGUUGGAGAGCCCGGAGGGCGAGGAGGGUGUGGUCGUUGUCCCGCUCGACGCGACGACGGAAGAGCAGGCGGACAUCGCUGUACGAGGGCUGAACGAGCUCUUGCCGGAACCUCUAUGAAGUAUGCAGAGAGGGUGAGAAGCAACUAGACAUAGAGGAUGUACUUUUACCAGUAACUUACCCGCGACUUCGCUCAAGUACUUCGGUCGGG